AAAUUUUAAAUUUUAAAAUCACUCGAAAGACAACGGGACGGAGAGGGCGCGCUUGGCUACGAGAUAGCGACGCUGGCACGGCGCCUGCAACUGUCAUCACAUAUUGGUGAGGUACCCACAGGUCGGCAACGCGAGAGUUCGCGUCUCUGCCGUUCGGAGGCCCCAAACAGACGCAUACACGACCGGUGGUUGAGCAGAAAGCGAUUCCAGAAACGUUAGCAGUUAAAACUUGAGGAAAAUGGUCUGUAGCUGCAGAAUUAUUAAAAAAGAAAGACACUGUCAGUGGCAGCCAACAAUUCGUCGGCACUGCUGUCUGCCUGCUACCUUUCAGCCCUUCAGCCCUUGAGGAGGGGAGUGAUGGUGGCGGUGCAUGGUCUUUUCCUAGUACUGUUGCAUUGUAUUAUGUAUGUUAAUGCUCUUUGCUGUUGCUGUUGUUGUCUGGAACAGGUGAGAAUGAGCCACACGCAGCGAUUCCCGUUGGGGACGCGCGUGUCCAAGUACUUUAACGGGUAUGCGGAGCCCUUCGAGGGUACAGUCGACAAGCACUCGGACGUGACUGAUUUUUACCAUAUUUCAUACGACGAUGGAGACAGUGAGGAGAUGACUGAGGAUGAUGUCGAGACCCAUUUCCUCAAAUUACCGGAUUCUAAAAGAUCGCCGAAGACUUCCAAGCCACACAAGACUCUCAACCUAACCAAGCCUGAUACGCCAAGCAAGCCAACUACGCCGCACAUGAAGAGAGCCAAUAGUGACAGCAGUAUUAACGUGGCGUCACCGAAUGCAGUAAUGCCGGCUCCUAAACGGAAAAAUAGGCAAAAACCCAAAAUACUAAGCCUUAACGCAAACGCACCAGGACUGAUGCGAAGCAACAGUUUUACGGGGUCCUCCAGUUUCCAUGACGAGGCACGAGAAUCGCUAAGCUUGAGCAUCCCAGCUAACACUCCUGAAGAAGAUGAUGAUGGCGAUGAUGAUGAAGAAGAUGCUGAGGAGGAGGAGGAGGAGGAAGAAGAAGAGGAGGAGGAGGAGGAAGAGGAAGAAGUGAUGGUAGAUGAAGAAGAAGAAGUGGAGGGCACCCCAGCAGAAAUUAAUCAGCUUAUUGGUAAGCCUGUGGAAAAAACAGUCACGAAGGAAGGAUGCGGGAUGGAUGUUGUGCAGGGCGCUGUGGCGAGCUAUUUCCCGGCUACAAAAAUGUUUCGUGUGAUGUACUUCGACGGGGAGUGUUCUGAUCUCACCUACCAAGAAGUAUUUAACAGUAUUCCGGCAGACUUGCGCCCGGUAGUUGGUGAAAAGAGAAAGCGAAAAACGGAUGAAACCCCGCGAAAUGGAGAGAAAGACAGCACACCUAGUGCUCCAUCAGCGUCGCCAAAGCGGCUAAAGACCCUUGACCUAAAUGCUAAAGACAUGGCACCGACGAAGCGGAGUAGUCCUCCGUCAUCGCCUGUGCAUUCAGUCGUUCGAGAGAGUGACAUGAUGACGAUCAACAAUGUUGAGUUCAACAUCGCCCGCAAAGUGCUAUUUAUCAUUGUGAGCACUGUGAAUAACGCCGUGAUGAACGCGCAGCUUGAGGUGCUAUCCUCGGCUGACCUCAAGGAUAAAGAGGCUCUGGAGACGUUCGUUCGAAAGGAUGGUCUGACUUCGUUAGCAGCACUGCUGUCCAAGUGGGAAGACGAAGUGGAGACAGAGCAAGGUGUGCUGCUCGUUCUGAAGGUUCUUGCGGUGUUACCUGGCAUCACUAGAGAUGCCAUCAUCGACAGCAAGAUCGGCAAGAAGAUCAGGGUUAUUGAAAAACGUGGCACUUACAGGGACUCGAGUAUUCCUGACCUCGCUUCAUGGGUUAUUAAGAAGAUGAAAGCGGACGUUGGCAUUCAGAACGAGACUCAAGUACCAAGUACGACUCUUAAUGAAAAAUCUGCAGGUGAUAGUGGAAACCGCGGUAGAGGAUCAAACUCACCAAGACGAAGCACUCCCAGCCCGCGGGAUGACGAGAAACAUGAUGAUCGCCCAAGCAUUCCCAAAUCGACCGACUCCCCGCGACCGAACAAGGCAAAGACCUCGUCAACCUCGAAUGGUAGCGCUCCUGCUGUGAAGCGAUCUAACUCGGUAAACCACCUGCACAACCUCAUGAACUCGCGCAACGGCAGGGACACUAGUACUUCUCGUCGCGAUCGCGACAUUUUUGGGAACCUGGUGACUCCCCAGAACAAGCGAAGGUUGGGUACGUCGCAUAAUUGGCGAGCGAGGCGUUCAACGGUUGUGUUAGAUCAGGUGACCAAGCGGGUGACCGAGAAAACCCAGGAAUUCGAGACUAUUAAAACGAAGAAAGUCGAGGACGAUGACUGGCAGCCGUCCAAGAUCAAGUUUGCAGAGAAGGAAUCGGUGUGCCCAUUUGAGAAGGAGGUGGAAGUCUCGAAGUUGCUCGUCUUCCGUCCUGCUGGUUCGACGAAGGCUCAAGAGCGCCCGCCAGUUAAGCGCCACACGGGACCACUUCGGUCGAUUCUUCGGGUUCGAUUGCCUUCCUGCCCAACGCAAGAGAACGCUCCUCAGCCUAAUGCAGAGGAUUCAACUUCGGCUCCGCCUACGGUCCACGCAAGUGGAAGACCUACAAUCGAUCCGAUUGUUGUGCCUUCCGAGCGUCCUUCACUGACUAGUGAAGUAUCUGAAGAUGGAGCAGUUGAGUCGCCAGUGUUUGAUACGUCCAAGCUGUCAAAGGUUGUGAGUCCAACGGAGAAAAGGAAGCAAGGGUUUUCUCCUCCUCCGUGCAUUCCAACGUCAGAACAACCACCGCUGGAUUUCACAGAGGAAGGUGGAGAGGAUGAGGUUUCAGGCGAUAGGAGAUUUGAAGCUGCACUGGAGGAAUCUGAGCAACCCAAACCUGCAGAAGGUGAAGAAGGUGAGAUAUCUGAUGAUGGAGUUAAUGCCGACGGGAAGCUUGAAGCUUCAGUGGAGAAAUUUGAGUCAAAUAGUCCGCAAGAAGCAGCUACGGUUGUUGUGAUGUCCCCUAUCGUCUCUGAAGAUGAAGCUUCAGAGGAUGGCGAAGUUUCAUCCAGUGACGCCGCGGCUGGUAAACUGGAACCAGAAGCGUCGUCUUCACCAAGCUUGUCAACGGGGUCAAAAGAUGGCGACGCGUCUGAUAUGAAGUCUGCUGUUCAGCAAGCCGCGACCAUUUCGGCUUGAUGUAGCUGGUGAUGCAUUUCAUUGUUUCUAGUAAUCUAAUGCAUUUCCUCUACCAUGUUACGCUCCACAGAGCUGCCAACACGUUACUGCUUCUUCUCCAGGAUAAUACUGAGCUGGUUGUAGAGUGACUCCUCCUUCUUCUUAUCGAUCGAGUCCUGCAUGCGCUGUAGCGUCGCAAACAACUUCGCCUUCGUGGCGACAUCAAAGCGGUCCAAGUGGUCAAAGCACUGGAGCAAUGGGUACGCAGACAUUUGAUUGACCUUGCCGAUUUUCACAAACGCCUGCACCAUCACAUCGAGACCCUCGUCCGAUGCUAGAGAGAAAUCGCGGAUCUGCGAUAGAGAACGAGUCACAGCACGGCCAUGACUGGACUGAGCGGGGUUAAAACUUGGGUCAUCGAGCAGCUUGAGAAUCUGCUUACCC